AUGGACGAUAAUAGUGCUAUUGUAAUUGGGGGUGGAUUGGUUGGUUCAUUAUGCGCCUGUUUACUAGCAGAGAGAGGCUACAAAGUCACAUUGUAUGAGAAAAGAGAAGACAUUAGAAAACUUACAGCUAGCAAAGGCCGGUCGAUAAACUUAGCAUUAUCGCACCGAGGCAGGAAAGCAUUGAGAUUGAUAGGGCUUGAAGAUGAAGUGCUCAAAAAUGCAAUUCCAAUGUCGGGGAGAUUGUUGCACAGCGAAAAAGGUGACACUGAAUCGGUUAAGUACGAUCCUGUAUCGAAUCAGUGCAUAUAUUCAGUGGGAAGAAACUUUCUAAAUCAAGCUUUACUUGACGCCGCCCAAAAAUAUACAAACCUGAAAAUGUUUUUCAAUCACAAAGUGGUCGAUGUGGACUUUAACAAGUCGACUAUUGAAGUCACAAAUUGUAUGACAAAUGACAGCAUUAUAACCUCGGCUGAUUUUAUUAUUGGUGCAGAUGGGGCUUUUUCAGUGCUGAGAGGCUUCAUGCAAAAAAUGCCUCGUUUUAAUUUUUCCCAAGAUUUCAUAGAUCAUGGAUACUUGGAGCUGUGCGUACCAGCAAAAAGAGGGGACCAAUUACGACCGAAUCAUCUUCAUAUAUGGCCCAGAGGUCAAUUUAUGAUGAUAGCCUUACCGAACCAAGACAAUUCUUGGACAGUUACUUUGUUUAUGCCUUUUGAAAAAUUUGCGGCAAUCGACGAUAGAAGGAAACUGAUUGAGUUUUUUGAAAGCACGUUUCCUGACGCCUUACCAUUGAUUGGGGAACAAGAACUGGAGAGUAUGUAUUUUAAGAAUGCACCAUCAGCUUUGGUUUCGAUUAAAUGUGGCCAAUAUGACAUGGGAAAUAGGUUUUUGAUUAUUGGAGAUGCUGCACAUGCUAUGGUACCAUUUUAUGGUCAAGGUAUGAAUGCUGGUUUCGAAGAUUGCACCCUCCUAAAUGAACUCCUAAACCAAACCCAAGACAAUGUCUCGAAAAUCAUUAAACUUUUCACACAAAAGAGACAAAAAGAUGCUUUUGCAAUUUGCGAUUUGGCCAUGUACAAUUACAUAGAAAUGCGGGAUUUGGUUACGAAGCCUACGUACAAAUUGAGGAAAAUUGUUGAUGGAACUUUGGCCAAAUUGUGGCCAGAGAUUUGGGUGCCACUGUACAACUCGGUCAGUUUUAGUCAUAUGGAAUACAGCAAGUGUGUGGAAAAUAAGAGCUGGCAAGAUGAGGUCUUACUUUACGGAGUUCUCAUUACAAUAAUUAUUUUUGCAAUUUUAAUACUAGUGUUAUUUUGA